GCUUGUGUGACAUUCCAUGCGCUGUUCGAUCUGUCGUUGAGUCGUGCUACUCGAAAAUACGGUCCGCCCCGCCGCCGUUGAGUCGCACCACUGCCUUGAUUUUCGCGGUGGAAAGUUAGAACGCGCUCUAAGACGCACAUAUAUAGCGCAUAUGUAUAUUUAUCGUCGUGAGUGCCGUCGGCGUGAUUUUCGCGACACGUUAAAACGUUCGACCGAUCGGAAAUUUCACGGCUCCCCGUCGUCGUUUUCAGUGGCGUGAGAACCCCCGCGCGGAUCAAUCACGUAUCGCGUGACAGAUUGAUAUACGGCUGACGAGCGAAAAGAAUGACGUGCACCGCGCGAAAAGCCGACGGGAUAUCUGCGUCAUUAAUCGGCGAGUUGAUCUUACACGCCCUCGCGUACCUCACGACGAUCCGCUGCGAUCGCUGACUCAUGAAGUAAUAAUUUUAUCCAAGUAAGACUGAACAAAGUCGAAUCCGCGUGACCCGUAACUCGCCCGAUCCCUCUUUUUUUCCCCCUCACAUGACGAGACGCUGAUAAUAAGCAGCAAACGCAAUCCCCUUAAUAAGCCCAUAACCGUAAUUAGACCGGAGUAGAGAAUUAACAUCGCGAAAUGCACGAGAUCGUCGAGUUGAUCGUAAACAGCGCUUUGCUAUGGAUAUUCCUGCAAACGACGCUGAGUGUGCUGGUCACUGUCCUCUAUGAAUUUAGCGUCCCCUGGAUCGUUUGGGGCUCGUUGAUCGUCCUGAUCGCGCUCAAGCUGGUGCGAGUAUCACCCCCGGCUGCCGGUAUCGUGCAGGAGAUAUUGGGUAUAAAUCCGCUCCACCUGGAAAAAGAUAACUCCAUGCCCGAGAACCAUGGUAACGGAGAGCGAUACUGCAUGCGAGUGGUGGCCCACCGUGGUGGAGGAUUCGAUUAUCCCGAAAACAGUUUGUCAGCUUUCAAAAAUAGCAAGAGGAAAGGUUGCACCGCUGUGGAACUUGAUUUAAGACUAACGAAGGACAACAUUCCAAUAGUGUUCCAUGAUUCGACGACCGAAAGAGUCACGGGCCAAACGGGAACAAUUAGCGAAAUGACAUGGGAGGAACUGGGAAAUCUAGACAUAAGUUAUAAUCACCCUCUCAGGGACAAAUUUUCCGACGGGGAGAGGAUUCCACUGUUGUACGACGCAUUGCAACAUUGCCUGGACAACGAGCUGAGAAUAAUCAUAGACCUGAAGGAGUCGAGGAUAGAAGUUGUACAAGUUGUUCUGGAUGCGUACAAGAAAUAUCCGAGAUUGUUCCGGAGAGGAUUCAUCACGUCUUUUAAUCCGAUCAUCCUGUACAUGAUCAGGAAGAAAGAGCCACGCAUCACGGCGUGUCUCGGCUGGAGGCCGUAUUAUUUCUCGAGAACAUCGUACGCCGGCCUGGAAGCGCUCGGCCCCCCACGCUUUCACAAUCCGCUUAAGCAUUUGGCAGCUUGCAUCUUGGACACUUUAUACGAGUGGCUGCUACCGCGCUUUGUCUAUUACAUCGUAGGCGUCUCUCUCGUGCUGUUGCACAAGGACAUAGUAAAUCCACAUGUAAUAGAGCAAUGGUUCGAUCGCGAUAUCCGCGUGAUGGCAUGGACGGUGAAUCGGCCGUCGGAAAAAACGCACUUCUCGAAGCUCCUUAAAGUUACUUAUCUAACCGACACGUUGCACUUAGAGAAGGAUAUGUAGUGACACACAUCCGAAGUUAUUCGCUCAGUAUUAAACCACAAAGACUUUUCGCAUUGUAUGCUUGACACUGCACACGUACAAAUUGUUCUACUCUCUUGUACGUAGAUUACGUCACAAUCAAUCAUCUAGUCGGUCCUAUAAAUUCGAUCAACGACGCAUGUUAUUCUUUAACGUAGAAUGUAAAAGAUAUUCGUUUAUAUACGUAUAAUCAGAGGCGGGGGAAUCCGCCGCUUUUUACAUGUAUUGGAAGAAUGUGCGACAAGAAGAUCGAGUGUACGUAAGUAAAACUUUUAUGUUACUGAAAAUAAAGUAUAUUGUACUUUGAUGUAGAAAUAUGGCGUCUUGUAAGAGAGUGCGUGGAUAAUGCAAACAGGCAAAAUCAGACGGUGCAUCAAGAGACUUAAAAAAUGGACGGAACUGAUAAAUGACUAUUCGCAUUGCAGCGUAAUUGAAGUAAAUAUUACACAAUUAUCCUAUAAUUAUCGCAAGUAUAAAUUGAUUUUUAAACUUUAAAAUGACGUGCAAGUA